AGCGAAGUCCAAAGAGGACCGGCGGGCCAAGCGGGGGCUGCUGCAGAGCUCUCUGCAGGCCCUGUCACCAGCGCCUCGGGCAGCUGCCGGGCAGCUGCCGAGAACAGCAGCCUCAUGGGCGCGGAGCGGGGCUGGUGGCUGCUGCUGUACGCGGCUCUGUCUGGAGCGGCGGAAACCGGAACACCAGAGCCUCAAGUGGCAGAAAGGCAGCAGCGGGCAGUGGACGUGACCUUAGACUGCUUCCUGGUAACAGAAGCUGAGCAUCCCAGGGCUUUUGCCAGCGACAUGAACAGGGAGAAGGCCUUGCUGGUGUUGAAGCAGGUGCCGGUGUUGGAUGAUGGUUCCCUGGAAGGCUUCACUGACUUCCAAGGGGACACAGUGGCCAAGGAUGACCCUCUCAUUAUCUUUGAGGCCUCAGUGGACAGGGUACAGAUUCGGCAGGCUGCAGCCUUGCUACACGCUGACUGCAGUGGGAAGCUGGUGAACUGUGAGAUCUCCCACUACUUGCUCCAGGACAGACCCGAGGCUACUUGGUUCAUGGUCAACGUGCAGGUAUCUAACCCAGGGCCCAGUGUCUCCAUGGUGAUGAAGAGUCUCAGAGAUGCAGAGGAAGGGGCUGUCAGGCAGCCCAAGCUGAACCUGCCCCUGAGCCCCCAGGGGACCGUGCAGACGGAAGUAGAGUUCCAGGUGACAACACUGACCCAGUCCCUGAAUGUCCUGCUGGGCUCCUCAGCUUCCCUGGAUUGUGGCUUCUCGAUGGCACCAGGCCUGGACCUCAUCAGUGUGGACUGGCGGCUGCAGCACAGAGGCAGCGGCCAGCUGGUACACAGGUGGAAGACAGGGCAGGGACAGGCCAAACGGGAGGGGGCUACCCUGCCACCCCAGCCGCUCCUCAGGGCCGGAGACGCCUCCCUCACCCUGCCCAGCCUCAGUCUGAAGGAUGAGGGGGCCUACAUUUGCCAGAUCACUACCUCUCUGUACCAAGCUCAGCAAAUCAUUCAGCUCAAUAUCCAAGCAUCCCCCAAAGUAGUGCUGAGCACAUCGGACAACACCCCACUGCCCACCCUCACCUGCAAAAUCACUGGCUAUUAUCCUCUGGAUGUGGUGGUGACCUGGAUCCGAGAAGAGGGGAGCAGAGCUGCAAGCCAAGUCUCUGGUGCCUCCCUCUCCAGUCUCAGGCAAAGCAUGGCGGGCACCUACAGUAUAUCUUCCUAUCUGACGGCGGACCCCGGCCCAACAGGUGCCACUUAUACCUGCCAGGUCACCCACAUCUCCCUGGAGCAGCCCCUCGAAGUCAGCACCACGAUUGUCCCAAAAGCAGGGUGGGAAAUGGCCCACGGCGUCAUCAUUGCCAGCUGCCUCUUCCUUCUUGCACUGUUAUUCCUGGGGCUUCAGAGACGAAAAGCUUCCUCAGCAAGGUUUGUCAAGACCCUGAGGCACUUGGAAUAGCCAUGCUAAAGGCUGAGCACAGUCUUGUUCCCCAGCAGUGCGGCAAUAAAGCUGGGCAAGGCCUUAGGAAGCACCAGACCUAAGGGAGGGCCUCAGCUCUCCUUCUGCUCCACCUUCCUUUACUGUGUGCCUUGGGCCACUGAGCAAGGCAGAGAAGAUGAGAUGAGGGGCCAUAAGAAGCCAGAACAUCUGGGUGGGGCUGACGUCAAAGGGCCACAUCUGAAGUGGUAGGAAAAAAGAAAAGGACAGAACGAUGGAUAAUAGGUACAGGAUUGGGACAGGGCCAGCCCUCACAAACGGAACUCUGUCAAAAUAAAAGACCCUUGUGUCCACUAAGGCAAAGCUU